GAGUGCACCUGCCAGAGAGCAUCCGCAGACAGAAAUUGGUCUCCAAAGAUGAGCAAACUACUAUUCUGGUGCUCCUACCCACAAAGUUCCCGACGAUGGCCACCUUUCAGCACGAGGGGUACAACGACACCGUCUUUGCGCCAUGGCUCUACCGAAAGCAGCUCAUGGAGUUCCUCCACGGGCUCAUGGAUCGGCCGCCACUGGGUGCGGAGCUGCAGCUCACAGGGAAUCCGGUGAUCGAGUACGAGAGGUUCUUUGACCGCAGCAUUGAGCUGCUCAUGCACGCCGAGGUCUUUUGCCUGCCUCUUGCACUGCUCAUCUUUUGCCGUCUCGUGGGGGAGAUCCGGCUGCUGAUUCUGCCUCCUCUCAUUGUCGUCACAUCUCUCGCAGCAGCGUCCGCGCUCUGCGUACCCCUGGCGCACUGGACUCCGCCGUCUCCCGACGUGCCGCCGACGAUGCUAUCGGUUCUUUUGGCUCUGGGCUUGGACUAUGCGCUCUUCAUGCUCACACGCUUCGAAGAGAACCGAUCGAAAGAUAUGGAGAUCUCGGCGAAUGUGUCCAUCCUCAUUUGCGAGACUGGGCACACGAUUCUUGUGAGCGGAAGUCUUAUCGCCAUUGCGUUCUUCGGGGCACUCACACUUCCGGAGCAGAAUUUGCACAGCGCGGGGGAGGUUCUGGGCAUCACCGUGGUGUGCUGCAUGCUUUUCAGCGUUUCGCUCUGCCCGGCGCUGCUACUGCUCUUCGGACGCUGGCUUACGGCCCCUGCGUGCGGCAGCGGUAGUGACCAAGAGAAGCUCUCCGGGAAGAUGAGCGGUAGCGAGAGGGAGGCUCUCUUCAGCGGAGAGGCAAAUGUCCGAUACCAGGGAUGGUUCAGGCUGAUGCGUUUGGUCCAGCGCUGGCCCAACGGGGCAGUGGCGGCUGUGUUUCUCCUUUUUCUGCCGGUGACAUGGCAGAUCCCACGGCUGCAAGGAACUGCCGACAUAUAUGCGGCCCUGCCCAAGGAUAUGCCGAGUGUUCUAGCGAUGAGGCAGCUGGGGUCUGAGUUUCCUGCCGGGCAGUUCGAUCCCUACACAAUUGUGCUGCGCGACCGCAGCAACAGCGCAGAGGGGCGCCCCAAUGCGCUGAUGACAGAGAAAGGCUAUGAGGCCAUGCUCCAGCUCUGUAACAUGCUGGACCAGAUCGGAUCAGUUGAUUCGAUGCUGGGUCCUGUUCGGCUGCUGGACCAGACGGUAGAUUGGCAGAAGGCGCAGCUUUACCGCUCUUCUGUGGGCCCGGCCUCCAUGCACAAGAUCUAUGGGACAUUGCUGGACACCCACGUGAACGGAUCUGCCGUUCUUCUGCAGGUGUUCGUGAAGUUCCUCCCGCGUGGGCCUCGCGGGGCGGCGUGGCUGCGGGCUGCACGGGAGGGCUUGCGGCUUUGGGAAGGCCAGCAUCCCUCCUUCACUGCUUCGCUGGGUGGAGGGGCCGCCUUGGUGGUG